AUGACUAUCACAUACCCGUUAACCACGCCGCUUAGCCGGAAUCCGGUUAUUGCGGUCACAGUACUGGGCGCUCUAGCUACCAUCACCACCGGAUUGCGAUUUUGGGCGCUGAAGUUGAGACGAGUCAGUGCAGGGUUGCCUGAAUUUCUUAUUUUAGGAGCACUGCUCAUUGUGUAUGCCGAUAUCGCCCUCGAGUAUAUUUUGACCAUUAUCGGUGGAGCGGGCCGAAAUUCAGGCACUAUAGAUCCAUCCUCUGUGAUUUUUACCUUGAAGACGAUUCUACCCCUCGAAGCUUUGUACGGAAUUGUGCUCGCCCUAGUGAAGACUUCAAUCAUGACCUUUUAUCUACGCAUCUUUGGCACAAAUCGCACCUUCCGGAUCCAAGUCGCUGUCACGAUGACUAUUGUGUGGAUGUGGUCAGCCAGUGUAAUUCUGGAGACCUUCCUACUGUGUCGUCCGCUGAAAUAUAACUGGGAUACUUCAAUUUCUGGCGUCUGCGGCAAUCGAAAUGCGACAUAUGUUAUUGCAGGCACCAUGAAUUUGAUUACGGAUUUGAUGGUCAUGGCUCUUCCCAUGCCUCAUAUUUGGAAGCUUCAACUUGGAAAUGCGAAGAAGAUCGCUUUGGUCGGCGUCUUUUCCAUUGGUCUACUUGUCUCUAUAAUUAGUAUCGUUCGUCUGGUAUCCUUAAUGGCAAUCGAUUUCAGCGAUAUUACCGGGUCCGUUCAAAUGGGCGUCAUGUGGACAGUCAUUGAACCCGAGCUUGCCAUCAUUUGCGCAAACAUGCCUCUUCUGAAGACAAUCGUGGCUCGCGUCGCUCCUAAUCUUUUCUCAACCGGGAGAACACGAAACGCUGUCUCUGACCCACAAACCUUUGAACGCCUCCAAGAUUCACAGAGAAACAAUAUUUACCCCAUGAAUCGAUUCGAUCAUGAGGCUGUUCAUACCCACAUAUCGACCACAAACGGAGGUGAAUCGCAGAGGAAUUUGGCGGGCAAGGAAACAAACACCUAUGUCACAUCUUAUGAUACUGGAGAGUCCCACUCGAAUUUGAGUGUCACUCCUCCAGGAACCAUUAAUGUGAUGCAUGACUUCAGCGUCCAGCACGUAUAA